UGGGCCUGUUGUGCCUUAUCUGUUGAUACCGAUAAGUCGAGUCGAAAAUUUAACCUUAUUAUCCUUUCCUUUCCUUUGGGGUCGUCCUUAAACAGAGUCCUUUGGCACCGAGCCGAUUCGGAUUCGGUUCACGAGGACGAUUCCAAUUCAGGACACGACCCGACUCCAAAUGGACGGGAAUGGGGAGAGUCUAUGCCCUCGCGCAACUGUGCUUCAAGGAAAAUAAUUUACAAAGUCGAACAAAAAUAAACCAUAAAAGAAAAAAUUUAAAAUUUAUCUCGGUCUAUCUGUAUGCUCUAUAUGCCCAUUUAUUUAUGUUUGAUAAUAAUUCAGUGUGCGCAAGGGUCGAAAUAUAGUUCAGUGAGUGAGCAGGUAAAUAAACAGUUCAUUCAAUGCAAGGGUCGAGUUACAGUCCAGAGUUAAAUGAUCAUUUAACGGUUCAGUUAGUGACUAAUCAGGGUGCAUUUCCUUGUGUGGAUAGGUCGUUCAAUAAUCAGUGAGUGAGCGAGAUCUGCUCACUAGCUCAACUGUUAAAUGCCUCGUUUUCUCACUGAUGUUCACUGACCUGCUCACUAAAUGCACUGCUAAAUGACGCAUUUUAUCACUGAACUGUACACGGAUCCGAUCACUAACUGACCUGUUAAGUGACUCGUUUUCUCACUGAUGUUCACUGACCUGCUCACUAAAUGAGCUGUUAAAUGACGCAUUUUGUCAAUGAACUGUGCACUGACUUGCUCACUACCUGGACUGUUAAUGACUCGUCCAUUCAUUAACCUGCUCACUAAACGGGCUGUUAAAUGACGCAUUUUAUCACAAAACAGUACAUUGACUCGAUCACUAAUUGAACUGUUAAAUGACGCGUUUUCUCACUGAUGUUCACUGACCUGCUCACUAAAUGAGCUGUUAAACGACUCGCUUACUCAUUCAAUAUUCUUUGAAUAUAAUGAAUAAUAUUUUGAACUAUUCCCUCACUGAACAGUUAAAUGAUUCGUUCACUCACUAAUCUGUACACUGACUUGCUCACUAACUGAACUGUUCAAUUACUCGUUCACUCACUGAACUUUACUUCGACCUACUCACUCACUGAGCUAUACUUCGACCUAUUCACUCAUUGAAAUGUACAUGACCUGCUAAAUUACUCGUACACUCACUGAACGCUACACUCACUAUCUCACUAAAUAAACUGUUAAAUGACUCGUUUUGUCACUGAACUAUACUCCGACCCAUUCAGUCACCGAACUGUACACUGACCUGCUCUCUAACUGAACUGUUAAAAUAGUCGUUCACUUACUGAAUUAUACUUAGACCUAUUCACUCACUGACCCAUACAGACACUCACUCACUAGCUAAAAUGUUAAAUGAUUCGUUCCUCACUGAAGUGUACACUGACCUGGUCAAUAACUGUACUACACUUUGGCCCAUUCACUCACUAAAUUGUUCAUUGGCCUGCUCACUAAUUGAACAAUUCACUGACCCGAUCACUAAUUGAACUGUUUAUGAUGAUGAUUAUAUUUGACCUAUUCCCUCACUGAACUUUUAAAUCACGUGCUUCCUUACUGAACUCAUAUAGUUCAUUAACUGAACUAUACUUCGGCCCAUAAAUGACUGGUUCACUCACUGAGCUGUGCACUUGAAAAACAAAUAUAUUCACAUACAAAUUAAAAAUAAAAAAAACUCGGGAGGGAAUAUUAUUCAUCCGCCACAGCAAGAAUUUUCAGUUUUAUUUUUUCAUUUAUUUUUCUUUUGAUGAAUAGGAAAUAGAGCUUGUCACGUACACACCAUCUUAGCGAUUAUUUGACUUAUGUAAGACGCGAAGUACGUUUCGCUUGUAAUUUUAUUUCGGAUUUAUUUUCCUUUAUUGCUUCUUUUACGACAAAUCGACAAAAAGACCAUGUCAAUUUCAUAAAUGUUACAUCAUGAAAUAUUUCACAAAAAAUUAUAGGACAGAGGAGAUAGAAAACCCUUCAACUACGUCACACCGAGUUUUCCAGUCAACACUAAUUUGAAAGAAUACCAAUUAACGUAGAUACUAAAACGUAAUUGUCUGGUUAAGUUGAUAAGAAGGAACAGAAAGAGUGAUGACAGAAAUUAUAUAAAUAUAUUACUAUGGUGGCCUGCACACUAUCUGUACUCUUAAAUUACUCUUUCACUCACUGACCUGCUAAAUGGCUCGUUCACACACUGAACGUUACACUCACUCGUUCACUGACUAAACUGUUGAACCAUUUUCUUACUGAACUAUAUUCCGACGCAUACAUUCACCGAACUGUACACUGACUUUCUCAUUAGCAGAACUGUUAAAUGACUCGUUUUCUCACUGAACUGUUCACUAAAUGAGCUGUUAAAUUACGCAUUUUGUCAGUGAACUUUACACUGACUAGAUCAUUAACUGAACAGAUAAACGACUCGCUCACUCACAUAUUUACACUUCGACUUUUCACAUGUUAAUGAGCGAGUCAGUGAGUAUGCAGGUCGGUGUAUAGUUCGGUGAAGGAAUGGAUCUUAGUAUAGUUCAGUGAGAAAACAAGUCAUUUAAAAAGUCAGUUAGUAAUCGGGUCAGUCUACAGUUCAUUGUAUGAACAGCAUGCAGGAAGAAGGAAAAGAAGCUUACUGCAAAGUCUGCGGUGACAAGGCGUCAGGCAAGCACUAUGGUGUCGCCAGCUGUGACGGGUGCAGGGGCUUUUUCAAGAGGUCGAUACGACGCAAUCUGGACUACGUGUGCAAAGAAGAAGGCAGGUGUGUCGUCGACGUGACCAGAAGGAACCAGUGCCAGGCUUGCCGAUUCUCGAAGUGCCUACGUGUCAACAUGAAAAAAGACGCCGUCCAGCAUGAAAGAUCUCCUAGGAGCAACAGCGCGACACCUUCCCUGUCCUUCGUCUACCAGCAGUUCCUUCCAUACCCUAGAGCUUACCUCCACCCAGCUUCCAUACCAGGCCUGCAGUACAUGGGAUGCUACAUGAGGUCGGAAUGCAACGAAAACGAAGUCUCGAGCUCACAAGAAUCAACGGAAUCAAGGUUAGAACCGUCCGUGUCCCUCCUCUCCGAGGACAUAUACAGCACUUCCAGCCGCCUUCUUUCCCUGACAGUACAGUGCGUCAGGGCCAUACCUUCCUUUCAACAGUUGUCGCCGCAGGAUCGUGACUCCCUACUAGAAGACUCCUGGAAGGACCUAUUCAUCCUCACACUUGCCCAGUGGUCACUUCCUAUAGAGCAAGAAAAACUUAUCCGUGACACAGGCAUCGACGACGCGUCAAGGUUGGACGAGUUGAGAAAAGACUUAAAAGUCGUGUCAUACGCCAUCGCCAGGCUUACCCAGCUCAGGGCGGACCACACCGAAUUCGCCUGCCUCAAAGCACUCGUCCUCUUCAACCCGGAAUCGGUCAGAAAAGAAGAGGUUGAAGUCCUCCAGGAGCAGACGCACGUCAUGCUCGCUGAGUAUUCGGGAGUCAGGUCGGCCAAGCUGCUCCUCCUUUUGCUCAACACCAGCAGGACUUCACUGAAAAACAUCCUUCUCCUAUUUUUCAACAGGCACGCACCCGUCAGGCUGGAAGGCCUCCUCGCUUCAAAAUAAACCAUAAAACUGUCACU